UCUCUCCGUAUGUCUGACAUUUACAACACACGAUACCCCAUAAAGCAGAGACUAGAGAGGAAUGCGAGAGAGGAGCAGAGGCAGCCAGGCGGGAAAGACAGUAAAAAAAGAAGAGAGCCCAUUGUGUCAAUCUUGAUUGAAAAUAGAUAAAAGCCCCAGGGUUCAUGAUUUUCUUCCCGCUCUUUGUGUCUCUUCUCAUCUUUCUCUGCUUGUCGAUCUGUAUCAUGGCUACGAACAACAACAACAACAACAAUAGGGUCUCGUUUCCAUCUGGGUCUGAUUCAGUUUCAAGCCACACCACCUUCGUGCAGGCCGACCCAUCAACAUUCCGAGCUGUGGUUCAGAAGCUGACGGGUGCUACCGAUGAUCCAUCUCUGAAGAAGCUUCCCGUCACGGUUCCUGCUCGACAGACCGGUAAGGGAUUGUUUGGGGAGGUGGGUACUCGAAAACCAGCGUUUAAGCUCCAGGAAAGAAGGCAAAACCUGAGGAAACUUGAGAUCAAGCUUGAAGCUGCUGGUUUUGUUGGUGGUUGUGGAAGUGGAGGACCUUAUUCGCCGUCAGCCAUGGCUGCUGCUGCUGCAAGACAGAGGACCUUAAUAGGGGGGGUAGGUGAGAUGACGUUGGUUUCCCCUGUUUCACCCUUUGAUCUGUUCUCUAGAGGGAGCCCCAGAACACCAACUCCACGAUUAACUCCGGAAGAGGAGGAAGACAAAGCGAUUGCAGAGAAAUGCUUCUAUUUGCACCCUUCGCCUACCACUACUCCAAGAAGCUCUGAACCUGAGUUGCUUCCUCUGUUUCCUCUGCAUUCUCCCAGGGACUCGACUACUACUACUACUACUUCUCCUCCUCCCCCAUAGAUUUCUUUUAAUAAAUUCUGAAUUUCCUUUGCCAGAAUUAAAUCUCUAAAAAUUAAUAAUUGUUCUA